GCAACUCCCUCUUCUCUUUGCCUGUUCCCCGACUCAGGGAGAAAAACGAAAAACAGGGGAACAAAGAAGCCAUCCUCUGGUCGGGAUAUCCCCCUUGCCGUCAAUCCCACUUGUCAAUUGAUGUUUCCGUACUCUUCCCGGUCCUCCAUGGUUUUCUCUCGGGACGAUAUCUAGCUUUGAUUCCCCCCCUCUCUCUCUCCCCCAACAUUCCGUGAACAGCUAGCUCCUCUUGAGUCCUUUUUUUCCCCCCAAUUCAAUUUUCUCGGGUUUUCCUCUGCCUCCUCGCCGUGUGCCUCGUCAUUGCGACGGCUCGACCUAAUGGCGCCCCCUCGUUCGGCCACCACGACGAUGACCACCAAGUCGUCCAGCUCGUCUCCCAACAGCCUUCUGGCCAACCUGGGCAUGGACGACGACUCGGACUGUUCCAGCCUCAGCUCUGCGCCAGCAUCACCGCUGGCACCGCCAGGGUUCUAUCCGUCGCCGCCUCCGUCGCAGGACGCGGAUGAGCCUAGCGCCGCCCGCAGCCAAGACGACUUGCCGCCCGCCAGGAAGAAGCGUCGGGUCGCCCCCCCAAAGGAACGCCGAACCCAGCAUCUCGAUCUCUCGCCCUCCGCGGAUCUCUCCUACGCCCAGCAGCAGUCGCAAAUCGAUUACCUGGUCAAGACCCUUACCCGCCAUCGCAAAAUUGUCGUCAUUGCCGGCGCGGGUAUCUCCACCUCCGCAGGAAUCCCCGAUUUCCGCUCCACCGAUGGUCUCUUCAAGACUUUGCAGAAGAAGCACAACCUCAAAGCUUCCGGCAAGCUUCUGUUCGAUGCUGCCGUCUACCAGGAUGAGACGUUGACCGCCUCUUUCCAGGACAUGGUACGGUCGCUGUCCGAAGAGGCGGCCAAUACCUCUCCCACCGCGUUCCACCACAUGCUGGCUCGACUUGGCCAGGAGAACCGUCUUACUCGAUUGUACACGCAAAAUAUCGAUGGCAUUGAGACCUCAAUGCCUCCUUUGGCUACGCAGAUCCCGUUGAACGUCAAAGCGCCUUGGCCGCGGACCAUUCAACUACAUGGGAGUCUCGACAAAAUGGUCUGCCAAAAGUGUCGUCAUUUGAGUGACUUUGACCGGGUCUUGUUUGAUCGUCCCGACGCCCCCGAGUGUCCAGAAUGCUCGCGUAACAACCAGUUUCGCAUCGAGACUGGUCAGCGUAGCCACGGCAUCGGUAAAAUGAGGCCGCGGAUAGUCCUCUACAACGAACACAAUCCUGAUGAGGAUGCUAUCACGUCCGUCAUGAAUGCUGACAUCCGCUCCCGGCCGGAUGCCUUGAUCGUGGUCGGCACGAGCUUGAAGAUUCCGGGCGUGCGUCGCCUGGUGAAGAGCCUCUGCUCCGUCAUCCGCAGCCGUCGCAAUGGCGUGACCAUGUGGAUCAACAACGAGUACCCUGUCGGCAAAGAAUUCGAAGACUGUUGGGAUCUGAUGGUCAAGGGCGAUUGUGAAGAAGUUGCGCGAUUAGCCAAUUUGAAGCGGUGGGAUGCCAAGGACGACGUAUUCGCCGAGUGCAAUUCUUCAGAGGUGGAACGGGUGAAGAAAGAACAAGGCGAGGUUUCGGUUGUCGUCACGCCCAGCAAGAAGCGACCCACCCCGACGGGAUUCCUUACUCCUUCUUCCAGCUAUGAUGAAGCCCUGCCAUUGCCGAAGAGAGGCUAUUCCAACCCCGCCAGCCGCGGACGCAGCCUUCAAGACGUUCUUCAGGCUUCCAAGACGCCCGGGCCAAAGAAGGCAGCUCCAAAGAAGAGUGCGCCAAGAGGGCGGGCCAAGAAGGCUGAACCCGCGAAGAAUACCAAGAUCAACAGCUUCGGCAGAGUCACCAAGGCUCAAAAAGCGGCGGCAAGUGAUAAAUCCUCCAAGCUGGACAAAGAUGAUACCAAACCGAUGCAUCCACUGGCUCCAGGCGCUGCUCGCAACAACGGUCCGAAUGUAGUGGCCAACUCGGCAGGCAAAGGGGAAGCAACACCUCCACGAGUCGGCCAGUGGGGACGGGAUGACACGAUCUCACCGGGUUCGAUUCCACGGGGGAUGAACCGAUUGCUGAAUGAGCCGACCGCAUGACUGGGCUCGGGUCUGCUGCGUCGGUGUCUCUCCGCCCCGUCCUCCUUCUUUUAUUUCUCUUUUAUUACCUUACCUUCAAGACCUUCCUGGGGAAUCUUUUCGACUACGGUUAAUGGCGAUACCAAUGAUAGACUAU